GCGUGGUCGACUACCCGGAAGUGAUGUGCGGCACAUGGUGUCAAGGAGCUUGAUGUAAACAACAGGAACAAUGAAGUUUAUUGAGCUCUUUGGAAGACUCAAGUCCGUAGUGAUAGGCAUGAUACAUGUGAAAGCAUUGCCAGGCACUCCAGGAUACAAGUUACGAGUAACACAGAUCCUAGAAGAUGCUUGCAGAGAAGCUGAGAUUUACAAGAAGGCUGGAAUUGAUGGCUUAAUUGGAAACAUGCAUGAUAUUCCGUAUACUCUACACCCUGGACCAGAGAUUACUGCAACAAUGACUACAGUAUGUGCUGCCAUUAGACAGCUAUGUCCCAGGUUGCCACUUGGUAUCCAGAUCUUGUCAUGUGCAAAUAAGCAGGCACUUGCAGUUGCUCUUGCAGCAGGGUUGGAUUUCAUCCGUGCUGAAGGAUUUGUGUUCUCUCAUGUUGCUGAUGAAGGAAUUGUGAAUGGCUGUGCUGGAGAUCUUCUGCGCUAUCGUAAAGCUAUAGGUGCAGACCAUAUUCAGAUUUUUGCAGAUAUUAAAAAGAAACAUAGUUCUCAUGCCAUAACAGCAGAUGUGUCUGUGUCUGAGACUGCUAAGGCUGCAGAGUUCUUCCUUGCAGAUGGUUUAAUAUUAACAGGAGUAGCUACAGGACAGGAAGCUGAUCCUCAAGAUCUCAAAGAGGUUGGGCGCUCUGUAAAGAUUCCAAUACUUAUCGGUUCUGGAGUGACUCUGGAAAAUGUGGAAAUCUACAUGGAUGCAAACGGUUUCAUUAUUGGUUCCUAUUUUAAAAAAGGUGGUGUCUGGAGCAACAGUGUUGAUUAUGAUAAAGUAUUAUCACUUAUGAAUAAAGUUAAUAGUCUAAGAUAAUGCAAGUGACAGCUGUGUUCUUGCCAGCUAAGACAACACUGUAUUAUUUGCAGAUCAUUUAGGUGCUAUCAUUGAUGUGAUUUGACUCCCAAGGAUAUGAUUGGUCACAAGUUUAUUUGAUUAAAAGAUUAAAGCCACAAAUUUUCCAUUUUAAUAUGAGUUACAUUUUAGGCACUGUAAGAUUUGAAUAUGCAAUGUUUAAUUAUACAUAGUAAAAAAACAAACAAAAAAAAAAA